UAUAUAUCUCACUUCCUUUCCCUUCAAUCUCACAUAACUUACAUUUUCCUCUUUCCUCUCUCUCUCACACACAUUAAACUACUUCCAUUUUGUCAUCAUCUCUAUAGUUGCUUCUGUUUCACCAAAAAUGGGAAAUUGUCUAGCUCUUUCUAAACCAAUUUCAGAACCAUGUUGCAUAGCAUCCACCAUGGAAAAACUUGUUAAAGUAGCCAAACAAGAUGGUAAAAUACUAGAGUUUAGUUCUCCGAUUCAUGUCAAAGAUAUCUUGACAAAUUUUCCUGGUAAUUAUGGUAUCGGUGUUUCAAAGAACGCGACAGAAACUCUAUCGCAAGAUCAUGAGUUGAAGGGUGGAAAAUUGUACUACUUGCUUCCUCAUAACAAAGAGGAAGAGCCAGAAGCUGGCAUAAAGAGGAUCAAAGUUUUAAUAACAAAGCAACAGCUUCAACAGUUAGUGAAUAAACAAAUAUCUUUACAAGAUUUAUUAUCAGUUGUUAAAGAAGAUGGUGUUCAUAUCAGAAAUGUUCGGAAGCCAAUAUUGGACUCUAUACCUGAAGAAAAUGAGUAAUAUAUAUAUUAUAUAUAUAUAUAUAUGUCUUCUUUUAUUUUCUUUUUGGAUUUUCUAGGUGUUUCAACCUUUUGGUUUCUCUUCUUCCAUGUUGUGUUAUUGUUCUUUCUUUUUGUGGAAGAUAUGGUAGAUGUUGUUAAGGUUUUUUUUUCUUAAGGGCUCUUGGAAAGAAAUGAAUAAUUAUUAAUGUAAAGGCUGACAUAUAACUUAGU